AUGGAGACUCGCCAGGUGCCCAGGAGCUCCCGGGUGCGGCUGCUGCUGCUGCUCCUGCUGCUUGUGCCCUGGGGCGUCCGUACUGCCGCGGGCGUCGCCCUGCCCCCCGCGGGGGUCUUCAGCCUCCGCUCCCCCAGCCCGGUCUGGGAGCGUCCGACCACCCGCGUGUCGCGGCGGAGCCUGGCGCUGGCGGACGACGCGGCCUUCCGGGAGCGCGCACGGAUGCUGGCGGCCCUGGAGCGCCGCCACUGGCUGAACUCGUACAUGCACAAGCUGCUGGUGCUGGACGCGCGCUGA